AUGCUUUUGACGACUAUACAAGAGCUGCUCGAGGAGAGUUGCUUUGAGUUUGCUCAGCAACAUUUCCCUCAACUCUUAACAGCGAAUGGAUGGGACUGUCCCGAAGCGGUCGAACUUACCGAAUGGACCAAAAUAUUCUCCCCUCAGUCUCACCCGCUGAUCAAUAAUCUGAGAUUCCCCCUUGACGCGUUCAUUGGCCUCCUGCGAGAACUGCGACAUUCUGCUGUGCACCGGCUUCGGAAAACUGCAGCUGGUAUUGAGCGACUUGCUGAGAAUGCACAGCUUUUCCUGGAAGCCUUGGAAGAUACAAAUCGGUCAGAGAAGGUCGAGGGUCUCCGGAGGGAGCUGCGAUCUGCGAUUGAGGAACUCAAGCGCAACAAAGAUCUCUUUGAAAGGAGAUUACAUGCGCAACUCAAAGAGAUACAAAACAAGCGAAGUGAAUUGGACAUCUGGGAGAAGAACGCAAAGGAGGCAAUGAUCCGAGAGGACUUUGAAUGUUCAAGAGACAUCAGUCAAGGUCUGGAAAUCAUUGUUCAGCGAGUCCAGUUAAAAGAUCCAAAAGAAACCGAGGAGGAAAAGCCGAUGCCGGAUGUGUGUUCAGAUUCGUUGGAUUCGGAAGAAGAGUUUCUGGAUGCUGCUUUGAUGAUCCCGCAGUUCUAG